CCCCAGUUCAUAGGGGCACCCACACGCCUCUCUCUCUUAAAUGUUCUCCCUCUAAAACACUCUCUCUCUCUCUCUCUUUCUCUCUAGCUUGCAUGUAUGGGCGUGAAGUUUAUUAGUUUAAAAGGUUUGUUAUUUAGAGCUCUGCAUAAGUGGAGGGAGAGGUUUCUGAGAUUUCAAAGCAGACCCAGACCCAGUUUGGUUUGGUCCCAAAUUUGUGCUGAUUUCUUACUAUAUUGAUUAAAUUACUGUAAAAUAAGCAAAUUUGCCAAAUGGGUAUUGUAAAUCAAGAAGCGAUCAAGCAGUUUCAGUUGCUAUUGGAGCAAGCAGAUGAGCCAUUGAAGAACUCAUUCAAGAAUGUGCAUCAGGGGUAUCCAGCUGAAGCAUUGGAGCGUUUUCUUAAAGCAAGAGAUUGGAAUCUUGGCAAAGCCCAUAAAAUGUUGAUUGAUUGUUUGCAAUGGAGGUUGCAAAAUGAGAUCGAUAAUAUAUUGUCGAAACCUAUCGUUCCUGAUGAUUUGUACAGAGCUGUUCGGGACUCUCAGCUUGUGGGAUUGUCUGGUUACUCAACAGAGGGUCUUCCUGUCAUUGCUGUUGGGGUCGGACUCAGCACCUUCGACAAAGCAUCUGUAAAUUACUAUGUGCAGUCACACAUUCAAAUGAAUGAAUAUAGAGAUCGUGUAGUUUUGCCUUCUGCUACGCGGAAGUAUGGACGGUAUAUUGGUACUUGUCUUAAGGUUUUGGAUAUGACCGGUCUGAAGCUUUCCGCACUUAACCAAAUAAAGCUUUUGACAGUCAUAUCUACAAUAGAUGACUUGAACUACCCAGAGAAGACCGAUACAUACUAUAUCGUCAAUGCCCCGUACAUAUUUUCAGCGUGUUGGAAGGUUGUCAAACCUCUAUUACAGGAAAGAACCAGGAGGAAAAUUCAGGUGCUUCAGGGUUGUGGAAGAGAUGAGUUACUGAAAAUAAUGGAUUAUGCAUCCCUCCCACAUUUUUGUAAAAGGGAAGGAUCUGGGUCUUCUCGGCAUACUGGGAAUGGAAUCGCCGACAAUUGUUUUUCCUUGGAUCAUCCGUUCCAUCAAGAUCUCUACAAUUAUGUCAGGUUCCAAGCUGAGUCAUUGGAGACUGCUCAACUAACCAAAGAAGGGUCGUUUCAUGUAAAGUUCCCUGAGCCAAACCCCGAUGAUGCUGAGAUUGCAAGAACGAUUGAAUCCGAGUUCCAAAAGUUUGGAAACAAAAACGGCCUUUCCAAGUCGAUGAGCAACCUGAGAGUUAACGGUUCAUGAAAAACUUGCACAACGACAGAUUACCACCACCACACGAUGAGUCCGGCCGUCGAUGAUGUUGAAGCCCUACUAGUAGAUUGGUAAACACACACAAAACCAUCGUUUAUAGAUGGAGAGUUCUUCAAUUAUUAAUGUAAUAGUAUGUAUUUGCUUGCAUCAACUCGAUGCAGGUGUUAUAGGACACAAUACUGAUCUGGUUUAGUUUAAACACCACCAACUUGGGUGGAUGAUCGAUCAUAUGUAUCCUUGUGUUGUUAGAACAUGUAGGAGAAACGAUGGAGCAAGUUUGCUCAUACACAUGCUAAUUGCUUCUUGACUAA